AGAAACUGCAGUGAAGUCAUGAAGGUACUGAUCGUUUUAGCAGUCAUUGAAUUCGCAUCAGCGUCUUCAAUCGGCUGGAGAAUCGUGGGUGGUGAAAAUGCUAAAGAAAAAUCGGUGCCCUAUCAAGUUUCACUUCGAAAUGCUGAAAACAAACAUUUCUGUGGAGGAGCAAUUAUUGACGAUUAUUGGGUUUUGACUGCUGCUCAUUGCAUGGGACAACGUUUUGAAGUCGUUGCCGGCGUGAAUAAACUGGAUGAAGUAGGUGAACGAUAUAGAAUAGAAAAAACUAUUACUGACAAGUUUGAUGAACAAACUGCCGCAAAUGAUUUGGCACUUGUAAAACUUCGGAAUAAAAUAAAAUUCAGCGAUAAAGUGCAAAAAAUUCCAUUUGAAGAUAAAUAUAUCGGAGGCGGAGAGGAUGCUCGUUUGACUGGAUGGGGACGAUUGGGAAAAGAUUCACCGCCACCUAAUGAUUUACAGGAAUUAAAUACAUUUACCAUCCCCCAAAGUGUUUGCAGAAGAAUGUUUAAUGAGGAUAAGAUUCCAAUCCACGAUAGCCAAAUAUGCACUUUUGCAGAUAUGGGCAAGGGUGCAUGUAAGGGUGAUUCCGGUGGCCCCUUAGUCAUCAAUGGACAACUUCACGGAAUCGUUUCCUGGGGCAUUCCUUGCGCUGUCGGCAAGCCUGAUGUAUUCACAAGAGUUUCUCACUAUGUCGAUUGGAUUAAAUCUAAAAUUGCCAAAUAAAAUAGCUCAGUGCAU